GUCAAAGCAAGCCGGUUGUGUUGAAAAUUUCUCUUAUGUGACGAGUUAAUAGAAACUACGAAUUUUAUAAGUUUUGAGUUUCAAACAUGGCACCUCAGGUUAACUCACAUAAGCAUGAACAACAGGAAGAUCCUGAUGAACAGAAAAGUUUUUGGGGCAUUCGCUGUGAAGGUGGGAAAGGCUACUCCCGUGUUUUAUCAAGAAGAUGUAACAUGACAAUGGCUGCAUUAGAGCCUAAUACCUCUAGAGCCGAAAAUCCUUGGUUAUCAUUGAUGAUGGAACGUGAUGGGUCACAGUUUCUUCUUUGUAGCUUGAAGCAUGAUGCCAUUAUGCAAGUACCCCUAAAUUUAAUUUUUGAGAAAGGAGAAAAAAUCAAGUUUUAUGUCAGAGGACAAGGCACAGUGCAUUUGAGUGGAUAUCAAGAGGGCAGCAGUACUGAUGCUGAAGUUAAUGAAACUGACCAAAAAGAUGAUGUAGAAGAAGAUUACAGCACACUUGGGAAAACUAUUAAAAAUGGCCAAAUUUUUUGUGAGAUCUGUGAUACUUUUAUAAAAUCGGAACCUUUUUGGAGAAAACAUAUCCAAAAGAAGAAGCACAGCAAGAAUGUGAAGUUAGGAAAAUUUGAUAAAAGCUCUGGCUCUCCAAAAAAUAAUAGGAAUAAUCCUAGCACAUCCAAUGCUGUAACUCAUGAUGAUGAGGAUUCAUCUGAAAUCGAAGAAUUACCUUCUAACAUACCUUCAGGAUCCAGUGGAAAAGCUGUUCCAGUAAUGAGUCUGCUUUCUAAAAGUCUGGUAAAAACAUUAACCCAAAGUAAUGAUGAGGAUGAAGACGAUGAAGAAGAAGACAAAGAUUUUAAUGUAUUUGAUGAAGAGGAAAGUGACGAAGAUGAUGAAGACUCUGAUGAUGAUGUUGAAGAAGAUGAUGAUGAUAGUGAUGACUCUGGUGACAUGGUCAACAAAGCUUUAGAAGCUCAGAAGCGAAAGCGAGAAUCUGAAGCUUUGGAUAGCAGAAAACGUAUGAAGAAAAAUAAUUCCAUAUCUGAAGCCUCAACAUCUGAAGCUUCUCAAAUGCCCGUUGAAAUUUUUGAAGUUGAGGAUGAUGAGAAGGAGGAAGAGGAGGAUGAUGAUUCUUCUUCUGAAGAAGAAUCUGAUGAUUCUAAUGAAAAUGCAAGUUCUUCCUUUAAGAAGUCGCCAUUAAUAAAAAAUGCACAAACAUUGAAUAAAAAGAAGAAAUCUAAUGAUAGUGUUCGUCAGAUGGACUUAAAUUCAAAACCUAAUUCAGGAAAAGCUGAUGAUUCAUUUCAGGUUCAAGACCUUCGUGUUGGUUAUGGACCUCCUGCUAAAGCAGGAAAAAUGGUACAAGUCUUCUAUACUGGCAAAUUCCUGGAUGGUAGAAUUUUUGAUCAGACAGAAGCUGGAAAGCCAUUCAGUUUUAAACUAGGUGCUGGCCAAGUAAUUAAAGGAUGGGACAUGGGAAUUGAAGGUAUGAAAGUUGGUGGCAAGCGCAAAAUAAGGAUUCCACCACAUUUGGGAUAUGGGAAUAAAGAAAUGGAGGACAUUCCAGCAAAUUCAACUCUUCUAUUUUUUGUGGAACUCAAAUCCAUUUCAUAAAACAAAGUCAUGAGUUUAAUUUCAAUCAUACCAAUAAGAAUCUUGUAAAUAAACAUUGUCUAUUGCUCUUAUUUCCAAAUAUGCAAUCAUUAAAAAGGUGAAUAAA